CGCUUCACCGUCUACUUGUCGUAUUCCUUGAGCAAGCAGAAGCCGAUACCCCGUCCCAUCAAGUGUGAGACCUACCCAUGUGUACGGCAAUUCACAGCACUCUCUACAAAUGUAAAAGUGAUUCUACCCACGUGUGCGCGCUCGGAAACGCGUCUUUUUUCUACACUCACCCGGCAAGCAUGGAGCAAUACGGGCGCCGCCAUGAUGGUUUCUGGACCUAGUCGUCUUACUCAGACAGGAUUUGGAGCGUGCAACUGUGGUGGAUGUUGCGGGGUUCAUACAAAAAGCGAUAAAGAUUUGUCAGAGUUUUUGACCGAGGAAAUCGAAGCAGAGAAAUCUACAGUGCAGCAGCCUGGCCUUCCAAAUGUAGAUGGUUUUGACAUCAGCACAGAUGGCUCUGUUGUGACAAUGGUGAAGGCAUUCAAUUCUGAAAAGGUAACUUUGACAUUUAAUGUUAGUAACACAGUAGAUGUGGGAGCACAGGAAGGUCAAUUUGAGGCAAAAGAUGAGAAAGGUGCUGAAGCUUCAUCCAUGGUUUCAAAGCCAGACUUCACAGUGGAAGUGAAAAAGGGCAAUCAGACACUCGUUUUCCAGUGCUCUAUCAUAGACGAUAUGGAGCAGUCAGCUGAGGGAGGGGAGACACAAGAGGAUGGCUAUGCCGAUUCAUUCCAAAUAGAUGAGGUGGCAAUACAUGAGUCUGAGUAUACAGACAGCACAUACACUGUGUCUGCUGACAUCAUGGAUGGGAACCUCUACGACCUGUUCAUGAACUUCCUCGACGAACGAGGCGUGAAAAAUGAUUUUAGCGACAAGCUGGUGCAGUACGCGACAGCGUACGAGCACAAGCUAUACAUUGGCCUGCUGGAGAAGCUCAAGGGCUUCGUCUCGAGCUAAAGCCUCGUCGGGGAUAAGCUACUGGCGCCCCCCUACCGGUGUAGUUCUCAUUCACUCGAUGAGGAGGAGUCACGACCGCACACGUAUGGAUUCGUUUCUUGUUGGCAGCAUCGCGGUGACACGGAUUAAUCGUAGUUGAGAGUAGACAGUUGCCGCUGAGUGUGGGUCAUGUUGUAGAAAGGCUAGGUAUGAUGUUCGCAUGGAUUUACUGCGGCAGUGAUGAGUAGGCGCGCUCGUGUGAUCAUAGACUGGUUCCAAUGUGUUAGUUUUUCUCACAACUUAUCUUUUAGGCAAGUCUGAAAGAGCACAUGUACAGGAAUUCAGUUUUCGAAGUCUUCGCACAUCUCUAAAUUGCUACUCUUUUGGUAAUAAUGUUCGAAUGUAUGUUUGAAUUCAACCAUUACAUGACGGUAUUCUUGUUUGGGAUUUUUGAAUGAGCAGUGCAGUGGUGUCUUUAGCUGCAGCCAAAAUAAUAGACUGCCUAUACUGACUGCUUGUGUAUAGAACAAAAGCUGUUAGUGAACAGGCAACAGUGAGAGUUUAUCCAGAUAAAUAUUAAAGCAGUUUUAUUUGUAAUCACUGUAUUUGUGUAAGUUGUUGAUGAACAUGUGUAAAAUAAACAGUGAUGUACCAUAUAA